AUGACCGACCAAGUUCCCUCUCGAGCCUGGCAAGCCAAUAUUGGAUACCUCUUUCAUCCUGUUAUCGAACAACAUGAUAAUAUGCGUAUCGCAGAUGUUGGUACAGGGACUGGAAUAUGGCUACGUGAUCUUGCAGAUGCUCUCCCAAAUACUUGUCAGCUUGACGGAUUUGACCUCUCAAACAUCAUGUUUCCCAGCAAGGAUGCAUUGCCGGCAAACAUCGCCUUCCAUCACCAAAAUCUCCUCUUGCCAUUCCCAGAUGAAUAUAUCGGAAAAUAUGAUGUCGUCAAUGUUCGAGUGAUGGUAGUGGCUUUAUCAUCUAAUGAGUGGGAGCCUGCUCCAGGGGGUUAUUUGCAAUGGAUCGACUGUGCCGCACAUGAUUGUGUAAUCAAAGGAGUGCCUGAGGGGAAACAAGCCAGUAAUGCGCAACGCGGACUCGACUUAUUCCGGAAGACUUUAAAUACGCUUGGGAAAACAUCAAAUAUUGCUAUUCUUCACAGUAUCUUCCAGAAAAGUGGACUUGUUUCUUGCGAAGAGGAAAUAUGCUCUCUUGAUAACCCAGAGACUCGUGAAAACGUCAAUCUUGCAGUUGUUGUUGGAAUUCAACAUAUUCUGACUGCUGCUUUCAAAUUGCAUAAGUUGGAUGAAAUACAAUCUAUUGAUCAGAUUAUGGAAUUGAAGGAAGCUGUUUUAGGUGACCUGCACGAUAUGUCCUGUUAUUUUUGUUACGAUGUUUACGUUGUUGUUGGGAGAAAACUUGAUUGA